AUGGCCGAGAUCAAGAAAGUUGAGAUGCCCAGAGAAAUGCAAGACAAAGCGGUUCAUGUGGCCUCGGUCGCGUUGGAUCAAUUUCACGAGGACUGGCAGAUUGCGGCCUAUGUGAGAGAGGAAUUCGACAAAUUGUACAACGAAUCUUGGCAUUGCAUUGUCGGUCGAAAUUUCGGAGGAUCGGUCCGAUAUGAGCCGGAACACUUUAUCUACUUCUACAUGCGCCGUAAAGCAUUCAUGUUGUUCCGCUGGAACUGA